UUUAAAAAAAUAAAUAAAAAAUAAAUAAAUUUUCUGAUUAAUUUAAAACCAAAAAUGGCUAAUAAUAUUGAUUAUUUACAAACAAAAUCAUUAGCAAUUAAAUGUGAAUCUUGUUUAUUUGCACCAGAUCCAAAUAAACUUGAUGAUAUUAAACAAUUUCUACAGAAUUCGAAUCUUAGUCAAAAAUUUUUUCAAUCAAAUUAUAAUCGUUUAAUAUUUACAAUUCAAAUGAUUUUGGCUGAAAUACCAAAAUCCGUAAAGAAUUCUAAAUUCAGUGCUGAUCAACUUUUUCGAAAAUGUUUGGAAAUCUAUCAGAUUCUAUUUCAAAAAGUUUCGAUUAAAGAUUCAAAAAUUUUUGAUACAAUUUUCAAAAUGUUUUCCUUAUUAAUCGAUAGACAAUCAUCAAAUCAACGAAAUAAUGAUUCAAAGAUAAUCCAUUUAAGUGAUAAUUCUACUAAAUUAUUGAUUGAUUGUACAAUUCAACUGUUAUCAACAUGUAAUCAAUCUAUGUUCAGAGAUUUUAUUUUCAAUCAAACAGGAACAGUACAGUUUGAAACAAUGUACGGUAUGCUUACGAAUAAUUUAUUACAAAUCAUUAUUGAAAAUGAUUAUCAACCAUUAAAAACUGCGUCAUUAGAUUUAAUGUCAACAAUGUAUUUGAAAAUUAUCGAUAAACAAUUAUCUGAUUUUAAUUAUAAUUCUUUAAAUUCGAAUCAAAAAAAUGAUGAAAAAUUUGAAAGAUUUUCGAAAUUUAUUGCAUCAAUUUUACCUGGUUUAUUGUCAAAAAUUUGGAAACUAUUAAAUCGUUGUUCGAAUGGUGAUUAUCAUAAUUUACAAUCCAAUGUUAUCAUCGCCGCUUUACGAUUGUUGAACAUUGUUUUUUUAAUUGUUUUCGAAAAUAUUGGAAAAUUUACUGAAGAAUUAUUGAAUGAUGAAAAAUUUUAUCGAAAUUUAUCAACAAUAAUUUCCGAUAUUAUCGAUAUACUGAUCGAACAUACUGAUCUAAAUGUACGAUUAAAUUUAUUAAAAUUUAGCAAAAGUUUAUUGUUUAAUUGUGAUGAUGAAAAAUUUGUUCAAAAACAAAUAGAUAAUUUAAUCAAAAUUCCUUUGAAUUAUAUUGGAUCAAUUUCUAUUAAUGAACAACAGGAUGAACACCGGAAUGAAAUGAAUGAUCUGUGUAAAAAUUUUUCAGCAAAAAUCCUAGAAAAAUUGAAUAUGAUUGAAAUUUUACAGAAAAAAUUAUUCGAUCAUCUUACACAAAUGCCUUAUACAUUUCGAAAUAUUCACAAUCAUAAUUCGAAUCGAAUUGUAACGAAAACUUGUUUAAAAUCAUCAUUUCAAAUUCUGAUUGGUUUCAUACAUACAUUAAACCGAACGGGAAUAUAUGAUUUUUUGAAAUUAGAACAACAUAAUCAUCAUCUGUUUCGUACAUUAAUAAAUCUAUCGGAAUUUGAUUUUAAACAUUCGAAAUAUGCUGUAUAUGAAGAUGUUGAUGAUUCA